AUGCAUCAUGCAGCAGGUGUGGUGUCGCAGAGGGUGGUGAGUCAGGCAGGUACGGAAGCUGGUAGUUCUUCGUGCUCGGUGGCUAGUGAAGUGACCCCAAUCAAUCAGCCUUUGGCGUCCCGGUUGCGCUCUGCGAACCUCUCACAAUGUGAAAAUGACCCCGCAUCGUCUGACAAUCAGGCUUCGCUUUGUUUACCUGUGGAAGACGACUGUAGCUUGAAGGACUCUACUGGGGUGCAUCUUCCCGAGACGAUUCCACCCGCACGACUGGCAGGACUAUCCCAAAAAUUCGGCGACGCUCGCACGAUUGAUGCGGACCCUCUCUCGUCUGACGAUAUGUCGUUGGCAAAUUCGGGGCUAGACCCUGCCCCCCCUACUCAAACGGACCCCCCAUGGAGCCAGUUAGACGUGUCGCACUCAGGACCACAUUCGCCGUUAGCAAGUGUUCGAAGUGAUCCGUUUUCGGAUACAGCGACGGUCCCGGUACAUGGCUCGCCUACACCACGCGAACUGGCGGCUGCCGCACCAUCGGCGCAUCAUUCGAACCCCACAAUUUCAGCCAGCAUUCUAUCAGACCCUGUCGUACCCUCACAGCGCUCCGCUGUCAGUCUGCCUAACCCUCGCUCACCCUUUGAACUACGGUACAAUUUAUUCCGUCUCCUGUCCACUGUACCACGGCCUCCGCCGCGCCGUCUGCUGGCCUACCACGCGGCGUUCCCGCACCUUCAUUCUGCCUCUUCGUACAACAUCCUCAUGGCGGUCGCAAUUCGAAAUGCUAACUUCGGUACCGUCGAUCUGUUGCUGAAGCGCAUGAAGGCGGAAGGCAUCAGACCAAACUUGGAUACCCGGAAGUUGAGGGUGCGGUGGCUAGUCAGGGUCGGAAAGUGGGACGAAUGCUGGGAUGAGGAGAGCGCGCGAGCCAAGGAGGAGGGUCAGGGUAUGCCGCUCACCGUGUGGUUGGAGUUUUUCGACACCACCAAGCGUGGUGCCAUCCGUCGACGCGUCUGUCGGGACUCACGCGACUUGCAGGUGCUAGAUCGCUCUGAUUCUGGGGUGACUGCGCAGAGACAUCGUAUCCUCAUGCAGAGCUUCCCUUCCGUCACAACGCAGGAUUGGGCCUCGACCUCCCCUCGAGUCGUUUUUAACUUCGUCCGCGCGAUGAUUCGCGCAGGUGAACGAAGCAUGGCGGCGAAGACCACCAGGGUCUAUUUCGAUAGUCUCCCGCCGCAGCUUGACGACGCGCGCCGAAGUAGAUGUCUCGAAAUCAUUCACCUGCAUAUGGCGCCUCGCGGUAAUCGUGACCUAUCUGAGCAUUAUCGCGUGAAGAAGGACCUCUUUGCGUUCCUUAGGAUGCACCGUACCUUCGAGCCGACUUCAACGACGCUCUUCAUGCUUCUACGGACCCUGCAAACGACAACGAAGUGUGGUUCACUCGCGUUGUCUACUGUCCAGAAUUUUGUGAGCCGUUGGGGCGCGCAGAUCUUGGAUCGCAGGGUUCGACGACGUCUUGUCUCCCUUGCGCUGAAGCAGAAUAAUCUGCGGCUGAUGAAGGCACUCACGCUGUAUCUCGAGCGUCUGGGCGCAUCGCGAAAAGAAGAGCAAGAAGCUCUUGGGCGCAAGUCGCGUCGACGCGCUUUGUCGUUGACUGACACGCUGCGAUUUACGCGAAGGGGCACGGAGGGUUGGAGAUGGCGACUGCUUCGUCGGCGCCUGUGGCGAUUUGAGCACAGGACGCCUUCUGCUAGUAGUAAUAAAGCGUUGACGCAUUUCCAAUGA